CGCAAUGCUCUUGCUUAUCCCUCUUUGUCCGGUAACGAGCGAAGGCCAUGAUAAUUAUGACAAAAUGUGCGUUUUUGAAUGAAUUAUAGUUGAAUUUGGGAUCAACAAGCAUACACCGUGUGAGGACGGGUUUUCUGGCAAUGACAACCCAGAGAGUUUGAAUUUAAAGGACAGCAGAGCAAGCAACGGAGAAAGAAAGGGUACAGUUUGCUUCCACGACAGUGCAAGAUGGCUAGCUACCUUUAGCUCACUGGCUAAUGUUAGCAUUGUAAACAGCAGCACUCACACCUUAAUCGAUUAUUGUGUUUCAUAAAUGAUGUGAUUUGGGUAAUUAACGGCACGUUUUCGCAUAAGACUGUAUGAGCACAAAGGACACAAUUGUGAUUAUGUUGCAAAUGCUGGGUGAAAUUUAACGCCGCUAACAGCUAGCCACAUUGAGUAACGUGGCUAGUUAGUAAGCAAAUGUAGUGACCAGUUUGCGCAGGAAAGCAGUUCUUAACACAACAUCUGUAAGUGAUUAAAGAAGGAUCAAGUGAGGCAGGCCGUUGUAACAUAUAAUGACACCACAUUUCUGUCUUCAUUUACUUUUUGUAAAUCUAAAGUUACAUUUUCUCCAGUCAGAAAUGAAAUACUGUAAAAUAUCCGAAAUGAAAUACUGUAAAAUAUCCUUACUGAUAGAGAAAAAAUAACUAUUUAAUGGUGUAAAUUAAGAUAUAUUAAUACGAUUUCUACUAAUUAUUGAAACUUAAGUGUUCUGUUUAGGAUUUAUUGGCCACACAGGGUUUGUAUGGUGUGUGUCUGUGUGUGUGUAUAUAUCUGGUGGAUAUAUUUUAUAUAAAUGUUAUAAAAGAACAUUUUAGAUAGCUAAAGGAUUAUUUCAUUAAUCAGUAAGAAUUUAUCCUAUACAUAUUUUUCCUUGGACAACUGAUGUCCAGUUUCACAUUAAUGUGUAUCAGGCUUAAGCUACAGAAAUUAAAAAUAACUUUUUUGUAGAAGUCAAAAACUUUUUGGAUGCAUUUCAUUGAAAGAGUUCUUUUUCUAAAAUUAAUUACUUUUAACAUUGUCACUUUUCAUACUUCAUUUUAAUUGUCUUGUCGAGAAAUAGCACAUCGUCAAGGGUUUGAUAGAUGUCCAAAAAACAUCUUGGCAUUUUGUUAAUGUUUUUGUUUGACAGUAUUCCAACUAUUCCUGCCUAUUCAUGAAUACAGUAUACCCCUACUACAGUUUUACAAGUAAAACGUUAAAAAACUAAAUUUAUAUUGAAAUUUUAAAUAAUGACUAGUAACAAUGGGACUGUAGGUAUAUAAAAUGCUAUUUUGCCAGUGCACGUUCUUUUUCAGAUAUCCUCCAUUCAUACUAGGUAAACAACAAUGUUUUUCAGCAUUCUCAUUAACGCUUACAAUUCUUGAAAAUCCUUGUAUUCAAGUUUUAUAUUUUCAAAGUUUUGAAAAAGCUUGAAACAGUAAAUCUAACGUCACAAUAAUGUUUUCAUCUCAUCAGACAAAUUAGCAAAACAUUGAUUUUGUUUCAUACUUGCUGUUAAUCGGGCUGUCUGUCCGCGGGUCCUUAACAAGUCUUAAAUUUGCUUUUCCAAAUUUAAGGGCUUAAAAAUCCUUAAAAAUGACAAAUAAUCCUUAAAUACAGUUUCCAAAGGUCUUAAAUGACCAAAGACCCAAUAAACAAGAUUCAUUUAUUUCUAUAAAAAUUUCGUGAAUUUCUAGUUAGUGUUAAGCAUUUUUUGUGUGAUAUUGGCGUAAGCGGAACUGUACACAUUCAGUUGGUUGUGAAAGGGGGGCUAUUUUUAGAUGAGCACAUUAGCUGGUUAAGCUAGUGGGAGCUUGCGUCAUGGGGACGUGCAAGUUUAAUGGUAACUGGAUGGCUAAUCCCACGUUCGCGACAUGGUUAGCACCGUUUCCAGGCAAUAGCUGGAAAUUAUAGCUUAAAUUUAAUUUUAAAAAAGUUCUUACAUUUCGUCAAUGUGGCCUUAAAAAAUGUCUUAAAAAGUCUCAAAUUUAGCUCCCUUAAACCUGCAGAUACCCUGGUUAAUGCAUUUGUCAAACCCCUCCACUUUAAGGUGCAGGAAAUCACUUUAAAAUUGCACGAAUUUGACAUUCUCAAAGACCUAAGAACCGUUUUACAAAACUCGAUACACACGUUGAAACAAGUGACAUCAAUUGUCCUUGAACGAACCUCAUUCAGUAUCUGAGUUGUUGGAUAAACGACUUUAGGGAUAGUUGACAAGUUCUUCUGGAAUAGGGAGAAAAGAUUUUUGGAUAUCUGAUGUGAAGAUUCUGUUUGAAUGUUAUAUGAUCAAUUGGCUUGCCAUAUUAGGUAAAGUAAGGAAAGUUGGCAAGCAACCAGUUUUGAUAAACAAAUAGAAACUGGUUCCCAUCAACAAGUUUGGCCUUACAUUUAUUUGGUGACCAAAUCCCAGUGUGACAGACACCGUGGCAAAAGUUUUGCAGAAGACCUGGGCCGACAUUUAUCAUACCAGCUACUUUUAUUUACUUAUAGCAAAUGCUGCAAAUACAGUUUAAUCUGUACUGAUAAAUAUGGUGAUCCUGAGAUGCAAAGUAAAGCAACACUGGACAAAACAAAACAGUUUCACAACGAUAUGUUGCUAGAAUCUUCACACUAAAGAAGAACUUGAUAACAAAGCGUUUACUGAAAUGUUGUUUUCUGUUUUGUUGUUAUCUAAAUCCUUUUUGUUUGUUGUGUUUUUGUUUUCUUUUGUCCAAUGCUGUUGUGGUUUGCACCUCAGGGCCACUGCAGACAUGACCUGAAGGCAGAUUCAACCUGUCGACAUAUAGUUUUCAAGACGUCGUCAUUUUUAACUUUUUUUUUUCUUGCAUAUGAACGGUGAUUUGCCACUUCACCGACAGUCAUAUUAGAUAAUGGCUGCCGAAUCGGGGAGACUACUGGCGGGACAAGGAAAGCGAAAAGCUUCACAGAUGAAGAGCCCGGAGAAGAAGAAGGCGAGGAAGUCCAAUACUCAGGCGGCAGGGUUCUCCCACCUUACUGAGUUUGCACCCCCUCCCACCCCCAUGGUGGACCAUCUGGUCGCCUCCAACCCCUUUGACGAUGACUUUGGGCCUCCAUCCAGACCUAGUGGAGCAGGUGGACCAGGUGGUGCUCCCUUUCUCCCCAGUCCAGGUGCCGGUGGAGGAGGUGGAUAUGGAGGUGGUGGACGAAUGGGAGCAGGCAUGAACUUCAUGGGAAGUCCAGGGGGACCAGGAGGUGGUCAACCAGGGCGCCGGCCACCCUUUGGCCCACCAUCCAAUGCUGGACCCCACCACCAGCUAGGCUUUGGAGGAAUGCCUGGCUUUGGAGGUGGUGGUGGCGGUGGUGGUGGUGGAGGAGGAGGAGGUGGUGGUGGAUUUCCUCCUGGUGGCCCCUCUCAAUUCAAUAUGCCCCCAAAUUUCAGUCCACCUAUGCAUCCUGGACCAGGAUUCAACUCUAUGUUGUCCUCAGGGGGUAUGGGAGGUCCAGGAGGAGGACCUCCCCACCCUCGGUUUGGAAUGCCAGCACAGCAGCAGCAUGGACAGGGUGGGCACCCAUUCAACAGCCCUCCGUUACCUGGAGGUGGAGGCCCACGAGGGCCCAUGCCUCCCAUGGGGGGAGGCAUGGGUCCUGGGAUGAACAUGAUGGGUGGUAUGGGCGGUGGGCCUGGUGGCAACAUGGUUGGAGGAGGUAUGCCAGGUAUGCCACCUCAAGGACAAUUCCCUCCUUCACAGGAUGGCCCCUAUCCAGGUCCAAGUCCACCAGGACCAGGCAGCGAGGAUGGGAAGAGCUUUGGGGGAGGAGGCGGACCACCCGGACCUCCACAGCAGCAGCAGCUUAAUCUCAAUCCCAAUGGCCCUCCUAAUAGUAACAGUACACCUGGCCCCCCUCCUAACUCAGGGCCACAACCUGGGGGAGGCUUCCCUGGGCACCCAGAUGUUCAGCAGCCCAACACCAACACAGCUGGUCCACCUCCAUCAGCGCCACCACAGCCUAACCCCAGCUCCUCUCCAACUGGUCCGCUGAAUGGAUCAGGUCAGCCGCAGCACCCACAGUCCAGUCAGCUGCAGCCCCCCAGCAACACAAACACCCCAAACUCUAAUAACUCUAACCAGCAGCUGCAACAAUCAACUCCACCCAACUCUGCUCCUGGCUCCGCCUCUUACAACCAACAGAACAACACUCCUGGUUCUGCCGGUCCCCUGUCAAAUGCUGCUUCCAAUUCAGGUCAGAACAACAUAACCAACAACAACGGAGGCAACACUCCAGGCAGCAACCCCAACCCCCCCUCUAACUCCACUUCUACACCAAACACCCAGUCUCCCUUGCCUCCCGGCCCAGCCGCCCCCACAACCGGGCCUGGUUCUGGUCCUGGAAAACUUGGUGGUCCUGGGAUGGUUUUUCCUUGCGGCCAUUGUCUGGCAGAAGUUCAUGACGACCAGGAUGCCAUCCUUUGUGAGGCAUCCUGCCAGCGUUGGUUCCACCGUGACUGCACAGGCCUUACGGAACCAGCGUACGGGCUGCUGACUCGAGAGAGCGCUGCCGUUUGGGCUUGCGACUUCUGCAUCAAGACCAAGGACAUCCAGGCUGUGUUUGUGCGCCAGGGAUUAGGCCAGCUGGUGGCAGCUAAUGAGAGUUGAGGAGAGCAGCAGAACUUGAGGUGUGGAGCGUAGAGACUAACUGAAUGACCCGCGUGCAAUGUAAGCUUCGCACCCAACGUGGUCCCGGUCAACCUUUUACUUGUUCACUACCCGAAGCGACAAACUCCUUGACUUUUACGCUUAUACAUAGCACUUUGGGUGACUCCAGGCCAAUUUUUGUUCUUCCCUCACCUCCCAGAUUUGAGUCAAAUUACGAUGAAUGUUCCCUUCACAGUCCUCCAGAAAAUCCGCCUGCCAACCAGCAAAGCACUGACACCAACACACUACCUCAAAACAGUUAGCGAUCGACUGGCACAGAAGCUCCCACGCUUUCCAAAUGACUCGCCACGCUCAUCAAUCACAAGAUAUUUUCAACACAAACGCAGAUCAGACGGGAAACAUUACGACCCCUCUACUUUGUACUGAGAAAUUAAAUAAAUUAUCUAAUUUAAUUAGUAAAGCCAGAUUAUAUGAAACACUGUCACACGUUGAUUCACGGUGUUUUUUAUUAUUUUUGUCCCCUAAACGCUUGGUCUACCACUGUCCUAUCACGUUGUUGGCCUUUUACUGCGAGCAAGGGGAAUCAUUUUAAAUCGUUAUCAACGUAUCGCAGUUUAAAACUGUCAGUAUUUAGUGUAAUGUGAAAUUUUUAAGCUCGGUGAACUUCCACACAUGCCUACAUGCUUUAACUCGACCAGCUGUAUAAUUGAAGCUCUGAUUUAUCCAAAGGAGUGCGAGGUUGAGAUUUCAUCCCCACUUCACAAUCUCACCAAAAAAAAAAAAGUUGUAAAUAUGCGGACAAAGUGUUUUUUCUAGAAUUCCCAUCACUUGUGAAACACGUCGCAGAGUCAGCCGGUGAACAAAAGGAUUGAGUUGAAUUUGUGUCUUGGUUGUUUACACGGUGUUUUUGGUUUUUAUACCUUACAUUUGAGUCAGAUGUUUAUUUUUCAUCUCUUUUUUUUUUACCUGCAGUACACAGGAAUUGUGAAAUCAGUGCUUUUGAAUGGUGUUGGCCUAGCAAGUAGUGGCAUCAUGUCUUCUCAGAUGUGCAUAGUCCUUUAAAAAAAAUUUGCGGAAGGAGAUGCAUGUGAUUCGAUGCAGUAAAUGAUCUAGUGUUUAUUUUCAAGUUUCUGCACAGCAGGAGACCUUGAAGUAGACCAAAUAACUAAAGAGCAGAAAAAAAACCUAAUUUUUUACAUUUUCUUGCGGUAUAAGGUGUUUAUAACUAUUCUUCUCUCUCAGUUGUUACAUUUCUUUGAUGUCCAAGUUGCCUGUCUUUUGUUGCUCUCAGUCGUUCCGUUUUUGUUUUGUACUGGUAUUUGUGCUGUGUUCUUGCUCUGCUCUGGUGCCUCCUGGUGGAACCAGUGAGUCCUACACCAUGUGGGGGAGGGAAAGGUACUAAACUCUGAAGUAAAUACAGUUUUUAUGUUC